UUACAUGCCCUUUAUUGUCCGGAGAGAAAUGAGAAAGAAAGCGAGGGCGGGAAGAGACUGUUCUUGAUUCUCUUCAUCAUCAUCGAGAACGAAGAGAGAGAUAGCCAUUUCCGGUUUCCAUUGCCGGAAUCUUGUGAUCGUAUACCUAUACACGUCUUAAAUCUGUCGGAAUCCGUUCCGUUUGGCCGGAGGAAUAGGUAGAAAGAUAAGAACAGAGAUGUGCGAAGAAGGAUUAAUAUUCUCUUUGGAUUUUCUCGCUUUUAUAAAGCAUACCUCUUCGUUAGCAUCUGUCCUCUUCGUAUUUUGAUUCUCGAAGAUAUUAUACACUUUUUCCUUUUGUUUCUUCUGUUUCUCGGUUGGGAAACUAUUCGAGAUAAAGGAAGAGAAGAGGAAGAAGUAGUAGAAACUGCAGUUAGGGUUUUAUCAUCUUCAACCUUCUUCUUGGAAUUUGUUUUCCAUCAAUUUAUAAAGAUGACUAUGGAUGAGAGCUUGUUGGACGAUAUCAUACGGAGGCUUCUUGAAGCUAAGAACGGCCGGACGCCAAAGCAGGCCCAGCUCACGGAGGCGGAGAUUCGUCAGCUUUGCGUCACUUCGAAGGAGAUCUUCAUCAAUCAGCCUAAUCUCCUCGAGCUUGAAGCUCCAAUUAAGAUCUGCGGAGAUAUUCAUGGCCAAUAUUCUGAUCUUCUCCGGCUUUUUGAGUAUGGGGGUUUCCCACCUGAGGCAAACUAUUUGUUCUUGGGGGACUAUGUAGACCGUGGUAAGCAGAGCAUUGAGACAAUUUGUCUCCUCCUAGCAUACAAGAUCAAAUACCAGGAGAACUUCUUUCUUCUCAGAGGCAACCAUGAAUGUGCUUCCAUCAACCGUAUAUAUGGCUUCUAUGAUGAGUGCAAAAGGAGAUUUAACGUCCGUAUCUGGAAGACAUUUACAGACUGCUUUAAUUGCCUGCCAGUGGCUGCUCUUAUUGAUGAGAAAAUCCUUUGCAUGCAUGGUGGAUUGUCUCCUGAGUUGAAAAAUUUAGAUCAGAUUCGUAAUAUUGCUCGCCCCAUUGAUGUUCCAGAUCAGGGCCUUCUCUGUGAUCUUCUCUGGGCUGAUCCAGAUAAAGAUAUUCAAGGCUGGGGUGAGAAUGACAGAGGUGUUUCUUACACAUUUGGGCCUGACAAGGUUGCUGAAUUCCUUCAGAAACAUGACCUUGAUCUGAUCUGCCGAGCUCACCAGGUUGUGGAAGAUGGUUAUGAGUUCUUUGCAAAACGACAACUGGUGACCAUUUUCUCAGCUCCAAACUAUUGUGGGGAGUUUGACAAUGCUGGUGCAAUGAUGAGUGUGGAUGAUUCAUUGACAUGUUCCUUUCAGAUCCUUAAGCCUUCUGAUAAGAAAGGGAAAGCAGGAUUUGGCAACAUGUUGAGGCCUGGAACACCACCACAUAAGGGCGGAAAGGGUUAACCAGGCCAACCCACAGGGCCUACGGUGUUGCUGAGAAAGUCACAAAUGGACUUGUUAUGGCCCUGCAGUUUGAUGGUCAAUAUAUGGAGACACGUGAGGCCGCAGUAAUGUGAUGCAAGCAAGAAGAAAUAGAAUGAGAUCAAAUGCUUCCAGUUCAUUUUUGUUCUUAAACAUGUAAAUUAGAAUUAGAAAUCAGAGUCAGUUAUUGUUUAUUGCUAUUGUUAUGGUGCAGCAAACCCUUCCAGGCGAAA